UGUUACAAUCCAUUAGUGGGUGACCAUCAUCUCAGUCUGGCAGAAUAAAUACAGCAUUUCGUGUUUGAACAAACACACGUAUGAACCAAUAAUGAAGGUGCACAUUGGAGUUUCAGUUUCAGUUUGUAUUGUGCUAGUGAAUUAUGUUAUUGCCGGGAAAGUGAAAGCAAUAGAAAGCCCCGAUACAUAUGGAGACAACUCCAGAAAUGCGUCGAUAACACCAGCAGUAUUACCAACAACACGACCUCAAGCAGUGAUAACAACAACACGUAGACCGAUUUUAUCAGGCUUGCGAUUUCCUUGUUCCUGCCAGGAGGGCGAAUGCGGCUGCUGUACUGGUUAUAUUCUGGAUAGAUUCAAUCAGAAGGGGUGCAUAAAUAUAACUUACGACCCUGACGACUUCUCUGUUACGGCAGCCAUGUCUAUGAAUGGAAAGGUUCUCUACCGGAAUAGCGUAUCAGGUAAAAAUCCUCCACCUCUCUGCGCCAGGAUUCCAAGAUUCCAAAACGUCAAAUUCUGCGUCGAGUUCUCCAACAUCUAUUUCGCAAACAGAAAUGUACACCUUUGCAUUGAUGCUGAAGCAAACUGGCAAGAUUACACCCUAUUGGAGUGGUCUUUCGAUUGCAUAAGGAUGGGCGUUUCAGGAUUUGCUGUUGUACCUCCAGAAGAAGGAGGUGGUCUUCCUUCAAAUGGGGUGGAUGUAGUCGAUCAAACUGACGAGGACUACGACGAUUCCGCCAAAAGUGAACCUGUUCAAGGACCGGAGAACACUUUGAUUUUUCACAAAUCAAUAAAAAGUUUGAAUAAGAAGGGAACAGACACACCAAAUAUCAAACUGAAGAAACUGGAAAACAAUUCUGUAUUGAUUUACUACAAAAAACCAUGACUGAUGAACAUUUA